AUGUACACGCCCGCGGUGCUGACUCUGCUGCUUGUGUCCCUGGGUCUCCCGGGAGCACAUCAGGCCCCCAACCAUCCCAUACGACGUAGAAAUCUCUUCUCUCACGAAAUGCCCCUGGACAUGGCCCUGACCUCCUUCGAUGAUCAAUAUGCUGGCUGUGCAGCGGCCAUGGCCGCCGCUCUCCCAGAUCUCAACCACACGGAGUUCCAGGCCAACAAAGUGUAUGCGGACGGCUGGGCGCUGGCCAGCAGCCAGUGGCAGGAGCGCCAGACCUGGAGUGAGGCCUGGGGCCUUAGCGCUACCCGGCCACCACAGCCGCCUCCAGGCUUCCGCGAGGAGCACGCGGUGGCCCUCCUGGCUUACACGGCCAACAGUCCCCUGCACAAGAUGUUCAACGCGGCUGUGCGCGAGGCUGGUCGCUCCCAGGAACACUACCUCCGCCACUUCUCCUUUAAGACACUCCAUUUCCUGCUGACGGAGGCCCUGCAGCUUCUGGGCCGAGGCCAGUGUCGCCAGGUGUUCCGCGGGGUGAGUGGGUUGCGCUUUCGGCCCACAGGACCCAGAGCCACCGUUAGGCUGGGAGGGUUUGCAUCGGCAUCCCUGCAUAAUUCCGCGGCCCAGAAUUUUGGUCAGGACACCUUCUUUGGCAUCUGGACCUGCCUAGGAGCUCCUAUCAAGGGCUACUCCUUCUUCCCUGGGGAGGAGGAGGUGCUGAUUCCCCCAUUUGAGACCUUCCAGGUUAUCAACGCCAGCCAAUCAGCAGAGGGCCCGGCUCGCAUCUACCUACGGGCCUUGAGCAAGCGCAGUACAUACAACUGUGAGUACAUCAAAGAUAAGCAGUGUAAGUCUGGGCCGUGCCGUCGUCUGGAUAAUUCAGCCAUGAGUCAGGGCCCCCUCUCUGGAUGCUGGUCCCUGCUGCUACUGCUGCUGCUCUGGUUCCUUGUGGCGGAAGACUUUCCUAAGAGCCUCCUCUGAGCCAA